AUGAUUAUCAAUAGGGAUAAAAAGAAAAACAUAGAUAUUCCAAAACUUAUUUAUAAUAAUAAAUGCUAUGUGGAUAAAUCAGAUAUAUGCAACAAAUUUAAUGCCCACUUUAUUAAUACAGGUCCAAAUCUUGCCAAUAAUUUGCCUAGGUCUCAACUGGACCCAUUACAAUUCAUCAAUUGCUCAUUUCCAAAUAGCUUCGUUUUUAAUGCUGUUAGUAGUUAUGAGAUACUCGACUUGAUAAAUAAUCUUAAUACAAACACAUCUUCAACUGGGACUCCUGUCAGAUUUAUAAAAUUGGCAAGAAACAAUAUCUCUGAAGCAUUAGCUGAGGUGAUUAAUCUAUCUUUGGCACAAGGAGUUGUACCUGAUAUUAUAAAAAUCUCAAAAGUUAUACCAGUCUAUAAAGGUGGUGAGAGUUUUGACCCUGUUAACUAUCGUCCAAUAUCAAUACUAUCAUCAUUCAGCCAAAUAUUCGAAAAGUUGGUUCAAAAGCAACUUAUAAGUUAUGUUAAAAAACAUGAAAUACUUUGUUUCAAAUGAAGGGAAUGAAUACAUUCCUGACACCAGUGAAAACUCAUUUUAUCUAAAAGACAGACAAAAUUUUGACACCUCAAUUAACAAUCAUGGCAAAAAACUAAUAGAAAUAUGCAAAACCUGCGACCUAAGAAUAUUAAAUGGUCGAACCCUUGGUGACUCACUAGGUCAGCCAACAUUUCAUGGAAAAAAUGGUAUAAGUACAAUUGACUAUAUAAUCUGUAACCAAAACCUUUUACAUAAUACCAAAUACCUCAUUGUCAAACCUCCCAACUAUCUUUCUGACCACAGUCAAGUUGUUGCUUGGUUUGAUCUACAACCAGUCAGCAAUCCCAAGACAAACAUAGAUAGUACAUGUACUGAACAACCCAAACUAGAACAAUUACCAUCACAAUAUAUAUGGGAUAAAGACUCUGAGGCUGCUUUCACUCAAGAGCUCAAAUCCAACAAAAUCCAAAACAAACUCAAUAACUUUUUAAAUAAUAAUUUCUCAGACGAGAAAGAUGGAAUGAACCAAUGUAUAAACGAAUUCCAAAACAUAAUACUUGAAGCAUCAAAAAAAUCUCUAAAAAUAAGAAAAACGAAACGCCGAUCCCAGAUCAAUAAUGUUGCAAACAAAAAAUGGUUUGACAAAAAUUGUAGAUUAAAAAGACACCAUCUAAGAAAACUAGCCAACCAAAAACACAGAAACCCAACUAAUACCGAAAUUAGAAACGAAUAUCACAUUGCCCUAAAAGACUACAAAAAUACUCUGCAGAUAAAGAAGAAUAAAUUCCACCAAGAUAAAAUUGAACAACUAGAAAAUGCUACAAACGAUCCUAUACUAUUCUGGAAAAUUCUUAAAAAUAGCACAGAUGAAAUUAAUCCCAAUGAAAGAUCGAAAACACCAUCACAGAGCCAAUGGCUGAACCACUUUCAAACACUUCAUUCGGAACACACUAUUACUGAAAAACAAGAAGAAACUAUAAAACUCUUGAAAGAAUCUGAAAGAUUUAAAGACCAAUUUAAUGACCUAGAUAAAACUAUUACUGAAAAAGAAUUACUCACCGCAACUAGAAAACUAAAAUCAAAGAAAGCUGUUUAUAGUGACAAAAUUAGAAAUGAAAUGAUAAAACUUAGCGCCAACAUAGCUCCACUAAGUUUCUUAAAGGUAUUUAAUAAAAUCUUAGAAUCUGGAAGAUUCCCUGAAACUUGGACGGAAGGUCUUAUAACUCCGAUCUACAAGUCAGGGAACUCCUUAGAUCCCAAUAAUUACCGAGGCAUAUGUGUCUCUAGCUGCAUGGGAAAACUAUUUUGCUCCAUCCUAAACACUAGACUAAUGGAUUUUGUAAAUGAAAAAAACUGA